GCGGAGGGAGGGGCGGGGGCUGGGUGUCUCCCGCUGCCGCCACAGCGCUCGCCGCCUCCCCUCCCCCACGGCGGGGGCUCCUCGCCGCAGCCUCUGUGCUCCGCUCCCGGUCAUGUGACCCGAACGUAACCGGACAGGAAAAGCCGCCGCCGCCGCCGCCGCGCUGACUCCGUUGUUGCUGCUGCCGGGCGCGGAGACGGCGGCGGCCCCCGCGCGGCGCCACCCGGCGGCCCCCACGCCCCCCAGAGUGUAAAAAAAUGGAUUUGGCCAACCAUGGACUUAUUCUGCUGCAGCAGCUAAAUGCUCAGAGAGAGUUUGGUUUCCUGUGUGACUGCACAGUUGCCAUUGGGGAUGUCUACUUCAAGGCACACAAAUCUGUCCUCGCUUCUUUCUCCAACUACUUCAAGAUGUUGUUUGUUCAUCAAACCAGUGAAUGUGUCCGUUUGAAAGCGACCGACAUACAACCAGAUAUCUUCAGUUAUCUCUUGCAUUUGAUGUACACUGGGAAGAUGGCACCACAACUCAUUGACCCAGUUCGACUAGAACAGGGAAUAAAGUUUCUGCAUGCAUAUCCACUAAUUCAAGAGGCCAGCCUUGCAAGUCAGGGAACCUUUUCUCACCCGGAUCAAGUCUUUCCAUUAGCAUCUUCAUUAUAUGGCAUUCAGAUUGCAGAUCACCAGAUAAGACAUCCCACUAAGGUUACGUCAGCAGCCGACAAACUCGGGCGAGAACCACGGCCUCAGACAUCACGGAUGAACCAAGAGCAGGCUUCUGAAGGCUCACAGCUCUCGCAGUUGGGUGCAAAUCUGCCACAAGUGACCCGGACAAGUAUGUCUGCUUCUGACCCGUUGCCAUCUUCUCUAUCUCCAGAAUUGGUAUCUGCUGCUGGUAAUAAUUCACCUUCAGGAGAAGAGGCCAAUAUGGAAGCAUCUUCUUCAGAUGAACAGCCUGCCUCUCUCACAAUAGCACAUGUCAAGCCAAGCAUUAUGAAAAGGAACGGAAGCUUCCCAAAAUACUAUGCCUGUCACCUCUGUGGUCGCCGGUUCAACCUGCGCAGCAGUUUGCGGGAGCACCUGCAGAUCCACACGGGAGUUCCCUUCACAUCUAGCCAGCAGGGAGAAAGUAAUAUUUCUUUGUCUCUCUGUAACAACACAGCUGAUAAAGAUGCCAUGGAAGUGCCUGAAGCGGGGAUGAUUAGUGACAGCGAGCUGCAGCAGAUCUCAGACUCCCCAAUAAUUGAUGGGCAGCAGCAGUCAGAGACACCUCCCCCCUCCGAUAUCGCAGACAUUGACAACCUGGAGCAGGCAGAUCAAGAGAGGGAGGUAAAGAGACGGAAAUACGAAUGUUCCAUCUGUGGUCGCAAAUUUAUUCAGAAAAGCCACUGGAGGGAGCACAUGUACAUACACACGGGCAAGCCCUUCAAAUGCAGCACUUGUGACAAAAGCUUUUGUAGGGCUAACCAGGCUGCCAGACACGUGUGCCUAAACCAGAGCAUGGACACAUACACGAUGGUGGAUAAACAGACUCUGGAGCUCUGUACUUUUGAGGAAGGCAGUCAAAUGGACAACAUGUUAGUACAGACCAACAAGCCCUACAAAUGUAACUUGUGUGACAAAACUUUUUCAACUCCCAAUGAAGUAGUCAAACAUUCGUGCCAAAAUCAAAACUCUGUCUUUACACUAGAGGAAGAUCGCUCCAUUCUGUUAGGUGGUGGGGACACAGAAGCCACAGAGACUGAUAACGCAGUGUUAGCCUCCAUCAAAAAGGAGCAGGAAGCAGUGUUGUUAGACUGAAUGUGAAACCUAUAUCAAUUUUUUAAAGUUUCUUUACUCAUUUUUUAUUAAAUCAAUUUUUUCCUCCCCCUACCUCUUACCUCACUUACCCCUGCCAUCUUUUCCAGCAACCUCCUUCCCACCUUUUGUCUUCAGCAACCAGAACUGUACUGGCACAUUAGCAAAUUGGACUUUGCCUCUCCCACCAAAACAAACAAAAAAGCUCUUGCAUCAAACCACAACAAAAUUGAUUUUAAUACAAAGGAACAUGUGAAAAAGCAAUCCAGCUAACUAUGUUGAUAGUAUUAGUUAUUCCAAAUUUAAUAGAUUUUAAACAAAAUUUAGAUUGUUUAAAAGUGGAUUUAGAUACAAUGAUGAGUGUAACAAGAAACAGAGUAUCAGUUUCGUAAGCAAAGGAUAUAUGUAUUUUAGUUUCCCUGGUAGAAGGCAUUUUGAGAUCUGGCAGAUUAAACACCAUGCUCUUUACAAGUCCGCAUGCACGUUGAUUAAGGUUGUAACCUAAGCCCUCAGAACUUUUCUCAAGGAAUGCAAAAAUCUCUGUUCAUUGAGUUAAAAAGAGCUGAGGGUGUUGGUUUUCUUUUAGCUGUAUGUUUUCCUUCAAGUAUGCCUUUGGGUAUCUGUUGCAGAGUCAGGCAAAGUCGUUACUUAGUCAAAUUUUGAUUAAGUAGCUGUGAUAGUAAUGUGAUGGCAAUCUUUAUAUAUAUAUAUAUAUAAAAAUACUGUAUAUGUAUAAAGAUUUAUAUAUAUAUAAAGUGUCUGUGUGUAUAUUUGGUACAGGUAAAUAAAUGCACACAUCAUUUUUAAGUAACUGGCCGUCUACUCUCAGAUUCAGCCUGGAAUGUCUUUUAGUUGUUUGACAAAGUUAGUCAUUGCACAGGUUACUUUUAACCAAAUUUGAAAGGUCCUGAGCUGUGUGCAUUUUUAUUGACCUGUUGAAGAGAAGCCAAUAGGUAAGUGUUGUCACCCAAGCUACCAAGGAAACUAGAGAAGUGGCAUACUGGUGAGCACUGCACCAUCGUUAGUGCAGCACAUGCAUGUGUUGUUAGCUAUGUAGAGGUUUGAGUCACUCUGGAUGAAAGGAGAGAGAAAAGCUUUAUUCCCUUACUCAGGCAAGGAAUGUCCAUGAUUUCAUUUGGUCUAAUGGCAUGAGUUAAGAGGGAGGAAAAGCAGUGUUCUAGCAACGGGGGAUCAUGGUUGUUUUAAAAUGAAUCUGUAGUGCUGGCUGGGAAAUUCUGCUCUAUGAGAGUCCUGUUAUUUUGAAAGCCAAGACAAAGCCUGCAAAAACUGAAAGGGUGAAUUCUAUAGUUUUAGUUACUGCUGAUGGUAGUACUGCAUCUUUGUGUUAAAAAUCAAGUUGUUGAAUUUUAUUAUUUUAUAUAGAUGCCCAGAUUUUUUGCUGGUAGCCUAAAAACCAAAACUGACAGCAGCAGUGAAGUUCACUGAGCAAUUACUGGGCCAACAGAAGGUGUAAGUGGACAGAAAAAGUGCCCCAUCAUAAAUGGAGACAGUGUGUGUUUGGGGGGAGGGGUGGGAGAGGGCAAGUCACAAACCACAGCUCUUCUCUGUGUAUACGUUUAAACUGAAUAUCAUCUUUUUGUGUAUAGUUAAGUUCUCAGAUUUGUAAGUUUUUAUACAUCAUUUCAUUGAAUAAAAACUGAAUUAAAUGG